GAUGAUAUCAUUAUUACGACGAUUUAAUUUUUAAUACUAAAUUUACAGUCAAUAUAAUUGGUUGUGUUCUGUAGAGCAAUAAUAUAGAUGCCACAGUGUCGUCAACUAAUCUUAGGAAAUCCUCUUCACAUCUUUACUUUCUAAAUAAUUAAAUUAUCGAAUGGACAAAAAACGCCAUAAGAAAAAAUCAUCCCAAUAAAAACAAACCAAAUGGACGAAAAUUCCUAGAAGAGAAAUGGAAAAAGAUACGGGCCAUUUUUGCUACGACCCAUAUCCAACAGUGUCCAAACAAAACACCAAUUCGCUGAAGAGGGAUGUCUCUAAAAAGAAAAAGGAGGAAAAGUCAUGCUGUUGCUUUCAGAAGAAGGCGAAAAGAAGAAGCAAGGCGUUUCUUGCGGGAUUGGCGACCAAUUUAGGCAUAUGUUUACUCCUCUUCGGCUACACUUUGAUCGGCUCCGUGAUAUUCCUUUCUAUAGAAGGUGGUUCCAGCUACCAACAUCAACACCAAACACUAGCCACAACGUCAUUAUCAAAUAGUGUUACUACUAACAAUAAAAAGUAUUCGAAUCACAGUGCCGAGUUAAAAGCAAAGAACGAUGAAGCCAGAGCUAAAACCGUUGAAAAUAUUUGGGAUAUUACCGUCAGUUUGAAUAUUUUGUACAGGGACAACUGGACCAGGUUAGCUGCUCAAGAAAUCUCCAGGUUUCAAGAUGAAUUACUUAAGUCUUUGACAGAAGAAAUGGCUCAUCAACAGCCAUUGCAAGUAGCGAAAUUUGGAGGAAAGUUGAUUAGUGAAAACUAUGAAUGGAGUUUUGCCAAGGCGUUUCUCUAUUCGCUCACCGUACUUACUACAAUAGGUUAUGGAAGCAUAGCUCCAAGAACGUCCUUAGGAAAAGCAGUCACUAUGGGAUACGCGAUGCUGGGCAUUCCUCUAACGCUGCUCUACCUUUCCAGUGUUGGUUCUAUUUUAAGCAGGGUAGCUCGAGGGGUAUUUUCCAGAGCAUUAUGCUGUUGCCUUUGUUCUAAUUGUGGCUAUUGUUGUUACGACGAGAAGCGAAUGGCCGAAAAGGAAAGGAGAAUGAAAAAGAAGAGACAGCAGAUGGAGUUACAGCAACAAUUAGGUCUUCAAGAACCGUUUUAUGUUCGAUCAAACUCCAACUAUAGUAACAAUCUCCACUCUCCUUGUCGAGAUGGUCCAGCCAAAGAACUGGACAGUCUGAGCGGAACCGACAAUGAGUCGAAAUCAUCCAUGCAUGGAUGGUCGAUUUUAGCACCUAUACUUUUGUGCCUCUGCAUGAUGUUUGUAUACAUAUGUUUAGGUACAUUCGCCCUGUACAAAUUAGAAGACUGGCCUCUCCUAGAUGGGUUCUACUUUUGUUUUAUGAGCCUAACGACGAUUGGUUUCGGGGACAUGGUGCCAGGAUCCAAUGUCUUAGAAUACGAAUCAAAUACCACAAUUUGGUUUUGUUCUAUCUACAUUAUGUCCGGUAUGGCGCUCACUGCCAUGUGUUUUAACGUCGUCCAUGACGAAAUUAUUCAUAGGCUAAAGCAUCAAGAGAAAGCACUUCCAAAAAUAAACUCAACAAGUUUCCCCGACGACCUCAACAUCACCAACGACCCCUUCAACAUGACGUCAUGACAAUUUCCACAGAAGCCCAGCAACAUCUAUCGUCGAAACGUAACAGAAGAAACCUUGCUUAGUACUGGUGGUGGCGGUACGCCCACCUCCGUCGUCGACGUCAGCAUGGGAACGGGGGUUGAGAUGUUGCCAAUUGUAACUAAAAUGCCGGAGGUGCUCGAAGGACCCGUCAAAACGGGCGUGUAUACGCUACCGGAAGAGCCCGAGAACGAAGAGGCUGCUGAGGAGAAUACGGAAAUGUAAAGUUGAUAUAUUGUAAUAAGGACUGUUUGUUUUUUUUAUAUACACUGUAAUAUACAAUAGGCAAUCUUAUUAUGCAAUAUUCUAAAAUCAUUGUUGGUAAAUUAUACAAGGUUUUAAGUUAAGAUUUAAUAGUUAUGACUGAUAAAAUUGCGACGUGGUCAUCAUGAGUAUAGGCAUUGAUUAAAAAAAUAAUUGGUCAACGCAAUGAAUAAACGAAUUAAAUGUAUCGGACAUGUAACGGAUUAAAUACG